CUACAGACUCCAUUCGAUUUGUUCAUUUCUCAUUCUCCCAGCCAGGAUAGACCGAUAAUGCCCGGAUGGCGACCUUUGGUAUGAGCUCAGCUGUGUCAUUGUCGCCUGGGACCCAGACAAUCCCCUCGACGCCGUUGAGGCGCGUUUUCAGCAAAUCUUUCUCUGCUUUACUGAUGUAAACUAUGCGCAGCUCAUUCUCCGGCUCAAGGGGUCCCCCUUUCGUCCUCCACGCGGUGACCUUUGGCGGCACAUCAUCCAGAUUCGCCAACGCGCGCAGUGUCCCCAGGCUGAGCGGAUAGCCUCUGUCGUUGUCGACCACGACAGCAAACCGCCGCUUUGGUGCACUCAUAGCUCUGGCGUAAUAGUCGACAGCCCCUGCGCGACUCUCCGGCGGCCACGGCUGGUUCGGAGCUACCACGUGCGACCAUUCUUCUCGCACAGCAGAUGGAAAAUCCACUUGACCACUGGUUGCUCCAUGCAUGUUCAUGUCUCUCCAGGCACGACUCCUGAACUCAGGUACCAGCUGCCAGAAGUCAAACAAAUACUAAAAGCCAUCUCCUACUACGAUGAGGCUGUCACCAAAAUCGUACCCGCCGACAGGAAGAACAAUCCCUACGCAGAAUCAAGCUUCACAGGGUUGGCAAGUCCUGCCAAGCUCCGACAAAGAUUUAAAGAUGUUCCCACCUUGGGCUGGACGCCUUUGUUUCAAUUGUUUGACGAGCAAAGAUCGAAGCAGCACGUGCAGUUGGAGGUAAUGACGAGUCAAAGAUACGUGUCCUGGAACUUCGGAAAUCUUACGACAACGUGCGGAACGGUAGAGUUCAGAAGACAACCCGGUGUCAAGACCGCGAAGGAGGCAAAGCACCGGGUUGGCAUCACCCUAGGAUUCAUCCGUGCCGCCUUACUGACCGAUUGGGGCCGUUACAAGACCCUCAAACGGCAUGGCUCUGUUCAGCAACUGCGGGACUUUGUACGCUCUGGGAUACGCACAUUGUGCAACGGCUGUGUUGACGCUGUGGUGGACGUAGCAUUGGUGGAAGACACAAACCCAGCUCGGGUGUGUUUUCUAGUGCCGAACUCAGGAGCAUUGCGCGCAAAAAGGCGAUCAAGAAGAACAAGGAAAGCCCGUUCGUUACAAAGGUCAAUUCGCGACCGAACACGCCAGUCUGAGUCAAGAAAUAAGGACUUUUUACUAAUUAAGGAGCACACGUAUUUAAGAAUACCUUACGUAGGUAGCCAAAAUAGCUCUAGUCCAAGAUUAGGACCUGCGUGGCACGAGGAUAUCUGCGCCUGCUAAAGUCGCUACAGUGAGCAACGAUUAUUACAACACACUAACCUUUUGUGAAAAGCGCUAGAGAUAUCAUAGAGAAGGCAAUCGUUGUGGACUACACGGCCGGGACUCUCUGGGAAAGGGAAAUAUAGCUAGACACACUAAAAUAAUGGGCUUAUAAGCUGUUUACCAUAGCAUCCACCCUACAAGGCUCAUAUACGCC